GAGGAGGAGGAGGAGGAGGCGGCUCUGAGCUCCGUGCUGCUGCUGCUGCUGCUGCUGUGGAGCAUACCAACCAAAAAACAAGCCCCGGUACAUGCCUCAGGUCCCAGUUGCAUUCAGGUUCACAUCGGGGGUGGAUCUCACGGCUGGAGGACCAGGAUCUGACCGCUGCUGCUGCUGCCGCUGCUUCGCUCUCUGCACCGGGUGGCCACGUUGCUCUGGUAAACCCCAGUAAAGAUGUCUCAUCGGAGUGGGCAAGAGGACCCUGAGCGGUACCUGUUCGUGGACCGGGCUGUGGUUUAUAACCCCGCCACGCAGGCCGACUGGACGGCCAAGAAGCUGGUGUGGGUCCCCUCAGAGCGCCAUGGCUUUGAGGCGGCCAGCAUCCGAGAGGAGCGGGGCGAGGAGGUGUUGGUGGAGCUGGCUGAGAACGGCAAGAAGGUGGUGAUCAACAAGGACGACAUCCAGAAGAUGAACCCGCCCAAGUUCAGCAAGGUGGAAGACAUGGCCGAGCUCACCUGUCUGAAUGAGGCGUCUGUGCUGCACAACCUGAAGGACCGCUACUACUCUGGACUCAUAUACACAUACUCUGGCCUCUUCUGCGUGGUCAUCAACCCCUACAAGAACCUGCCCAUCUAUUCAGAGAACAUCAUCGAGAUGUACAGAGGGAAGAAGAGGCACGAGAUGCCUCCACACAUCUAUGCCAUCUCUGAGUCAGCAUACCGCUGCAUGCUCCAAG